AUGAGGGUAGUCAGCAAACUGUUUAUAGAAGAAGGCCAGUUCAGAUGCCAUCUUCACUAUUUCAAGGAUUUUUAUCUAGAGGAAAGAUCGGAGAACUACCAAUAUUUGCUGACCUUUUACUUUGCUAUUGAGGAGAUCAAUAAAGAUUCUCACCUGCUUCCCAAUGUGACCUUGGGUUUCCACAUGUACAACACCUUUGACUCUCACAAAAGAACCUUAGAGGGCCCUCUGAUGUGGCUGUCUGGAAGCAGUGAGUUUAUUGUGAACUACAAAUUCAAAACUCAACACAAUGCUCUUGCAAUCAUUGCAGGAAUCAGGCCUGAAUUUUCUGCUGCAAUUGAAACCCUUCUGGGGCUGUACAAAAUUCCACAAGUCACAUAUGGAAUGUUUGAUUCUUUUCUAAGUGACAAAGAUAAAUUUCCAUCCCUUUACCAGAUAUCUCAUAAAGACACAGCUCUUACCCAAGGGGUGAUCUCUUUAUUGCUGCAUUUUGGCUGGAAGUGGGUGGGUAUCUUUGUGUCUGAUGAUCUGUAAGGCAAGGAGUUCCUCUCAGACUUGAAAGCAGAGAUGGCAUCAGAAGAUAUUUGUGUGGCCUUUACAAAAAAUAUCCCAACUAAUUGGAAGCCUCGGUUGUUUGAGUUUGGGUUGGUAGAUUCCAUUCAAUAUAUAGAAGUUAAUGUAAAUGUAUUCUAUGGUGAUAUGGAUGAAAUACUGCUUUUAUGCAUUCAAAAUGCAAUCAUGUCAAUCAGAAGAAAGGUGUGGAUCAUGACAAAACCCCAUUUAGUUUACUUAGAAUCUGUAUUCAAUAAGCAGAAUGAGUUGAUUAACUUUUUUGAAGGAAGCUUCUCAUUUUCAAAGAAGAGAAAUAUUCCUGACUUCAAAUACUUUCUUGAGUCACUUACUCCAUCCCAGUACCGAGGUGAUCUUUACGUCCAUAAAUUCUGGGCUAACAAUUUUAAUUGCUCACCUCCUCUUAUGCUAUCUGGAAAUGAAAUACCCUGCCCACUGAAUCUAUCCCUAAAAAAUAACCAAGAGAAAAUUGCUGUGAUGGUUACUUCUGAUAUCAGUUUUUCCAUAUGGAAUGCAGUGUAUGCAGUGGCCCAUGCUCUCCAUAAAAUGCUUUUGAAGAAAACAGAAAUAGCACCUCACAAAGAUUCAAACCAAGACUGGCUUCAGCCUUGGCAGCUUCAUCCAUUUCUGAGGAAAAUCCAAUUUACAAACACUGCUGGAGACCGGAUAUGCUUUGAAGAGUGCAAGAAUCAUAUGGAAAAGUAUGAUAUACAAAACAUUAGGAGAAAUGCUAGUCAUUUACCAUUUCUAGUUAAAGUAGGAAAGUUUGUCUCUAGAAGUCUACAAGAUCAAGGCUUGUUCAUCAAUGAAGUUUUGAUCAAAUGGCCAAGCAACUUCAAUCAGAGUCCUCAAUCUGUAUGUUCACAGAGCUGUGGUCCAGGUUUCUGGAAAAUUCUAGAGGAACAAAGACCGAUAUGCUGUUUUUCUUGUAUGUUUUGUCCAGAAGGGCACAUUUCCAACCUAACAG